CGCGAGUCGUUGGUUGUCCGGGAAACUAUAUGGAGUGAUUUGGGCUCCGUUAUUUCUAAUUUGGAUAAUUCAGACCAUCCAGGUUUUAGAACCGUAGAAGUGUUCUGUCAUUUUUUUGCAAGUUCGAAAAUGUAGCGACAUGAGGUACCAGCAGUGCGUAAUUGAUCUCGCGAUCGUUCUGGUUACGAUCCCAUCGUUAAUCGUCGUAGCGCUGCUGUUGGAGUAUACGAUGAACCACACCGACUGGUCGGAUCAGCUCGAAUCCCAAGUGGUAGUCCUCGGACUGGCUGUGGCUUUUUUCGUGAUAUGCAUCAUGGUGGCACUCUAUCUUACCCACCGGGUUGGUGCUUGUCUCUGGACCGGGCCACUUUCGAUCGAUCAUCAGUCGAUUUUCUCCAUCGAGCGUGCGCUGGAAAGUGCACCUCCUCCGGAUUACGAUACGAUCCUAUUGGAUCCGCCUUCUUAUGAUAAGCUGGAAAAGUAUUUACUCAUUGACGUUCCUCCGCCCACGUAUGCCGCAUCGGUGGCCUCUCUGGAAGGCGCCCAUAUCUGACAUGAACGAGCAUGUAGACGUUAAUUAGUGGUGUAUUGCGAGAUCAUGAAGAAAAAUAAAUGUGGAUACUGAA